AUGGAAAUUGCUGAGGAGUUUGCCCGUUGGAAGGUGAGGAACACUGCCAUUGAACGGAGGGAUUUACUCCGGAACCCCGUCCCCUUGAUGCCUGAAUUCCAGAGAAGCGUACGCCUGCUGGGCAGGAGACCAACAACACAGCAGUUCAUCGAUACCAUCAUCAAAAAAUACGGCACCCACAUCCUCAUCUCUGCCACUUUAGGAGGAGAGGAAGCGCUGACCAUGUACAUGGACAAAAACCGACUUGACCGGAAAUCAGGCAAUGCCACCCAAAGUGUUGAGUCCCUUCACCAGCUUGCCUCUUCGUAUUUUGUGGACCGGGAUGGAACCAUGAGACGCCUCCACGAGAUCCAGAUCUCCACGGGAGCAAUCAAGGUCACUGAAACACGGACAGGUCCUCUGGGCUGCAACAGUUAUGACAAUCUGGACUCUGUGAGUUCAGUCCUUCUGCAAAGCAUGGAGAGCAAACUCCAUCUCCAAGGUCUCCAGGUCAUCUUUCCUCAGUUGCAAGAGAAAUUUGUGCAGUCAGCACUGAGUUACAUCAUGUGCAACGGAGAAUGGUGAAUACAUUUGCCGACGAUAGCCAAUUGCGGAUGCCAAUGUGCCGAAGAGUUUCCCCAGUGCAAUUGUCCCAUCACCGACAUCCAUAAUGGAAUACCCUUGGCUAACAUGGCCAAAUCUUGGACAGAGGCCUACAAAGAUCUAGAGAAUUCAGAUGAAUUUAAGUCCUUCAUGAAGAAACUACCUAACAACCAUUUCCUGACCAUUGGGAGCAUCCAUCAGCACUGGGGGAAUGACUGGGACCUUCAAAACCGCUACAAGCUCUUGCAGAGCUCCAUGGAGGCCCAACGGCAGAAGAUCCAACGCAUCCGUAAACUCUUUGGCCUCAGCAUCGUUGUCUGGCACAAUCCACACCAGCUGCCUAGGGAAAGGACGAUACAGCAGUGGCUCUCCCGUGUCCAAUCUUUGCUCUACUGCAACGAGAAUGGCUUCUGGGGGACCUUUCUGGAGAGCCAACGGAGCUGCGUCUGCCAUGGGAGCACCAGCCUGUGCCAACGGCCCAUCCCAUGCAUCAUCGGCGGCAACAACAGCUGUGCCAUGUGCAGCUUGGCCAACAUCUCCCUCUGCGGCUCCUGCAACAAGGGCUACCGCCUCUCUCGGGGCCGCUGCGAGCAGAACGUGGACUCCGAGCGCAGCGAGCAGUUCAUCAGCUUCGAGACCGAUUUGGACUUCCAGGACCUUGAGCUGAAGUACCUCCUCCAAAAGAUGGAUUCCCGCUUGUACGUCCACACGACGUUCAUCAGUAACGAGAUCCGCCUGGACACCUUCUUCGACCCCCGGUGGCGCAGGCGCAUGUCCCUCACCUUGAAGAGCAACAAGAACCGGAUGGACUUCAUCCACAUGGCCAUCGGGAUCUCCAUGCGCAUCUGCCAGAUGCGCAACAGCAGCCUGGACCCCAUGUUCUUCGUCUACGUGAACCCUUUUAGCGGGAGCCACUCCGAAGGUUGGAAUAUGCCCUUUGGUGAGUACGGCUACCCACGCUGGGAGAAAAUCCGCCUGCAGAACAGCCAGUGCUACAACUGGACUCUCUUGCUGGGGAACAGGUGGAAAACGUUUUUCGAGACUGUCCACAUCUACCUGCGUAGCCGGACUCGGUUGCCUUCCUUGAUGCGUAACGAGACGGGACAAGGACCUGUGGACCUAUCCGAUCCCAACAAGCGCCAGUUCUACAUCAAAAUUUCGGACAUUCAAGUGUUUGGAUACAGCUUGCGCUUCAACGCGGAUCUGUUGCGUAGUGCUGUGCAACAAGUCAACCAGUCCUACACACAAGGUGGUCAGUUCUACUCCUCUUCCUCGGUCAUGUUGUUGAUGUUGGAUAUACGGGAUCGAAUCAACAGGUUGGCACCGCCGGUAGCUCCUGGAAAGCCCCAGCUAGAUCUCUUCUCUUGUAUGCUCAAACACCGUCUGAAACUGACCAACACCGAGAUCAUCCGGGUAAACCACGCGCUGGAUCUAUACAACACCGAGAUCCUUAAACAAUCGGAUCAGAUGACUGCCAAGCUCUGCUAA